CUGACCUGAGACAGCCAUAGAGUGUCCUUGACAGUCGUAUUUAGGUGUGGGCGUGUGUGUAUGUGCAUGCAUGUAGUCAGAUAGAGUUGCUUCCUGGAAUAAGAUGUGAGACUGUCGCAUGUCUACUCAUACGAUGAAUCCCCCAAAGGUUGUUCCCAGGAAACAUUCUUUACUCAGACCUUUUCCUGCAGAAGGCCAGCCCACUCAUACACGAGUGAAUGGGAAGGAAAGAGUUAGACAACCAAAACAUGACGUGGAGCUGUUAAACCACUGCAUUUCUGAUGUGGAGCGCUUCAUGGCCCACCUGCAGCAGGCAGCUGAUGCUCAGCGCACUCUGCAGCAAAACAUGAAAAGAAAAAAGAACAGCAAAAAGAAGAAGCAGGGCUAUGAUGUCAUGAUGACAGAAGUAAUCCCUCCAACCGAACAAGAGUUUGUGGACAUUUUCCAGAAGAUUAAAUACUCAUUCAGUUUGCUGGAUUGUUUGAAGACAGACAUAGCAGAUCCAAACUCAGAGGAGCUUCUGCAUCACCUGUUUGUUCCUCUCAACCUGAUGGUCAAAACUACAGGUGGUCCUGAGUUGGCGGCCAGUGUGUCCAGUCCUGCACUGACCAGUGGAGCCAUUUCUCUUCUGCAGAAGAAUCUCACGCGGGAGGAAAGAGAGUUGUGGAGCUCUCUCGGCCCCAACUGGACCCAGGCAAAUUCACAGCAUGCUAAAUCGGCAUCUCCGUAUACUCCAGUUUUUCUGGACGGCUGGAAGCCUGAUGCCUUUGAUGUAAACGGUCAGGCUUUUGAAGAUCCUGUUGAAUCACAGAACAAAAAAGAGGCCCUGCUGGAACAUCAACAGUCAGAAUUUAGCCAGCCCUCAUCACCUGUCCAGCUCACAGAUGAAAGCAUGGAAAUUCCACUUCCUGACCCGUACCGCUGCAGUUAUGACUUUGUGGCCCGAAACAGCAGUGAGCUUUCAGUGCUGCAUGGAGAAACUCUCCAGGUGUUGGACUCGUCUAAGCGGUGGUGGAAGUGUAGGAACAGUUAUGACCAGAUUGGCUUUGUUCCAUCUAAUAUCCUGGAGCCCGUCAACCAGACAGAGCAAGACUACAGCGUGGUAAUGCGCAAGCCGUCUACGAAAGUUCCUUUAUCUCCUGCGGGAGUUGGACGCUUUUCGUAUAUAGCACCCAAUCCAUCAGGGGGAGACCACGCCCACACCGAGCUCCGCCCCGUCAGCAUGCCACCAAUGGGUAGUGACGGAGAGAGAGUAAUGCUCAUGAAUAAUGAGCUUGCACAGCGGCUGGCUAAUGGGAGAUCGGGAUCAAUGCGGCCUCUGGUUAUCAACAAGGCCAACGACACUACAGUACCUCUCAACUACCACUCACCUUCGGCUGAGGUACGGGAGUGGCUCAGAGGCAAAGGAUUCAGUGAUAACACAGCCAACAGUUUGGGGGUUCUCACCGGAGCUCAGCUCUUCUCUCUGAGUAAAGAGGAGCUGUGCAAGGUUUCUCCUCAAGAGGGGGCCAGAGUUUACAGCCAGAUCAUGGUGCAGAAAGCUCAGCUGGAGACUGAAAGAAAAGCCACUGAGCUGGAGGCAGUGAUGAGAAAACAGAAGAUGAAAGUGGAUCCCAGCAUAGAGGGGGGAGAAUUUUAAUUCACCACACACACACACACGCGCGCACACACACAGGCCUGGUUUAUACUUCGGCAUCAACAUGCAUUUGUGUAUCUGUGUCACAACAGAGAAAGGGGGUUUAUGGGUAACCGUUGCAUGCAGAGAAGCUUUUAUGGUAUGUCUGGUUGUGUACCUGGAAACCCUUCUUACAUGUUUUUUUUUUGUGAGUAAAAUGUUGUUCCAAAUAUAUCUUGUGUAAACAAUAAAACUUUAAAAAAUAAAGUGUAAAUAAUAAAAUUUUCGUGAUCACAUCCAGUACUUGUCAUCUAUAUAGAAAUGUGCUCCUGCUCCCCAACUGCUUUUCAAUAGUGCAGUCUGUUAAAAAAUCUUAUACAGCUCACGACAGAAGUAUAAAUCAGCACACACACACACACACACACACACACACACACACACACACACACGUUCAUAUUAAUAAAAGUAUACCUUCAUUACCAGUAAUACUCAGAUCAACUGUCUUUCAAUAAAUAAGACAGAUCACUGAACACAA